AUCGCUCCUACAUGCGGCUGACGGAGAAGGAGGACGAGACGCUGCCCGUAGAUAUAGUUCUUCAGACUCUGUUAGCCUUUGCAGUUACCUGCUAUGGGAUAGUACAUAUCGCAGGAGAAUUUAAAGACAUGGAUGCCACUUCAGAACUAAAAAAUAAGACGUUUGACACGUUAAGGAACCAUCCGUCUUUUUAUGUAUUUAAUCAUCGUGGUAGAGUAUUGUUCCAGUCCCCCGACACAGUGAAUUCUUCUUCAAACCAAGAUGCUUUGUCAUCCAGCUCGUCACUGAAAUUUCGAAAACUUGAACCUCUGCGCCGCUAAGACUUUUACAGAUUCUAAUAAUAAUCCAGGACACUGAGAUGUAAUAUUGAAGUCGGGGAUGUAAACACUUUUUUUAAUUUCUGGAGCAGUAUUUAUAUUGAUCUUCCAGACUUUAUAAAGUAUAUAUAUAAAAACUAAGGACCUUCUUUGUACGCUGUUAAUGAAAAUGAAUUGGCAAUGCGGUGUAAAUUAUUCUACAGUUAUGCUGUGAAACACAUCUGCAAAAUUUCAUAUACUAAAAAAGUUGCAGGUAACCUAACUUCAGCUAAAACAAAAAGCAAGCUAGUCUUUACCACGAUUACUGUUCUUUGAUAAGAGGGAAUGUUUGAGUGCUAUUUAUUUUCUCAGUUUGCUUGCACUACAGUUUAUAGAACUCCUCCAGAAGUACUAUGUGCACUGCAUCACUCAUCAGCAGAAAAAGGGCAGCGUUUCCUGUUCCUACCAUGCCACGGAGACCUGCGUGGUGUAGGCACAGGAAGUCAAAAUGGUUGCUUUUUUUUUUUUUUUUUUUUUUUUACAAGACUGGAAAAUAGCUUUGUGAAGGGUUUCAUUUAUUCUUUCCUUAAUUCUUCAUUAUCACGUUAUUUCCUCGUUGCCCUCCUUUCUUUGAAAUCAAACUGUCCUACGUUGCCCCCAGUUGCCUGGGAUGUGGCUGUACAGUCGGUGCCUGCGUGGGGGAGGCAGCUCACUGCUGAUCACAUCGAUCAUCUACCAUGCUCAAGUUUGUUCACCCACUGCAUUUCUCUUCUUUGAUUGUGAAUACAGGUGGCUGAACGGUGUGUUAGUACCUCAAAACGGCACCAGAUACUAGCUCCUAUUUUCUAUGAGAUUUAUUUAAGUAUCAGUAAGCAAUGUCCCUUCUGUAAAGGUAACAAGGGUAAGGUCCAGCAGCUGUGUCUGUUUACUGGCAUUAAUACAGUACAGGUAUUCAGCUAAUUAUAGUACAGCUCCCCCCCACCUUUCCUGUCCACAGAGCCUUUAAAAUUGAUUUCUUUGUCUAGCUGAGCCCUUUGGUGAUUUAAAAUGACUGUCUUGAUUGCGUUUAUUAGGACAGAUGAUACGGUCCUUAACUACUGACUUCUAAAUUCUGAUCUCCUCUGAGGGGCUGAAUCACUGCUAACAUUUGUCUUGGUCUGGCAUUUCAGUCCAGCGAUGGAAUGCUCUUCUCCCACCUACCUGCCACAGCAAAGAGAGGGCAGUGUGAGAUACUGAUGGGGCCAACUAGAAUUUUGCAUACUCUGAGGAUGACGUGUCACUGCCUCCCUGCAAAUUCAGCCUUUUGUCCUAGCACCCGUUUUCUAAACCGCUAAGAACUGUCAAAGGCAAAAAGCUUUGCAAAACUACUGUGUAAACUGAAGCCUCUAUUUCUAGCUCUGCCCAUCCUAUGGACUGGGUGCCCCAAUGCUAGAGCAAUACCCGUAGCUGCUGCUCUACAAUCACUCUUAAGCAUCUGGGUUUGGUUGGAAAGGGUUACUCUGCCAAUUAAAACCUUAAGUGUUCUGGUUCCCCCCUAGCUGGUGUUGCUGAAAAUCUCUGCAGUAGCAUCAGGCCAGCUCUCCUGCAAACAGCUCUUUCCUUGGGGAAGAGGACUGCUGUGGUGGCAGCUGGUGGAUGGAAGACGUGGCUGAACACCAGCCAGGUGUCCUUGCAAGGCACGGAGGAAACAGCAGACAGAAUCAGUGCAGGGAGGGAAAGCAAGGCAGAAGGUCUGUAACCAUUGUACCAGACUGAUCCUGCAACCGUGGCUGGCAGUGAGCCAUUUGGAGAGGGUCUCUUAGAGCAAGGCUGCUCACCUUAUAUGUCUAAGAAGCCCCAUUUGUGCUAUGGUAAGGCUACACAGACCUGUCCAAGGUGGGUGGUGCUGCUAUGUGACGGUUCUAAGUCAUUCUUGGAGAAAAACCAUCCGUUCCUCAGACGUGAGUCAUGCUGGGAGCACCCUGUUGGCUGCACCAGGUCUCUGUUGUGACAAGUAGCCUUACUCUUCAGCAGUAAUGGUGUACAAAGCUGUACAAAUUAUUUUUUCUUAUUGAUCUUGCAACAUCCAAUAAAAACUGGUAUCUUAAAAGUG